AUGGCAUCUGAGCCCUUCAUAGAUUACAAACCAACGUGGGAGGUGUUGGGCGGUGGGGACGUGAGUUUAGAGUCUGGCUCAGACUCUGCAACGGAGAGGAACCGUCUGAAGUCUGCUGAAGAAAAGGGAAAGGAUCCAAGCAAAGAAAAGGGCGGCCGAGAUAAAUACCGAACUCAUGAUGAGCUCAAGAUCCGGUCGGUGCUUGUUGUCAAUGUCUCUUCGGCUCUAGACGGUUGUGAUGACCAGCUCCUUCCAGCCACUUUCAGAGCCUUGGAGAGCGACUUGGGAUUCCACCCCUCUCUUCUUGGUUACAUCACUCUCUCUCAAACCCUAUGCCUUUCAAUUUUCUGUCCUCUUUGGGGAUAUCUCGCAGAUAGGCAUUCGAGGAAGUGGCUCUUAGUCUUUGGAACCACAGCAUGGGGCAUCAUCACUACAGCCUUAGGGCUUGUUUCUGAGUUUUGGCAGGUAGCAUUGCUUCGAGCUCUCAAUGGGGUCUUCUUAGGCAGCGUAGGCCCUGUAUCGCAAAGUAUCUUGGCAGAUACCUCACGCCGGCGGAGUUUGGGUUAUUCUUUUGGCCUUGUUCAGCUGUGUACAAGCAUGGGUCGCCUUGUAGGAGGCGUAGUAACAACUACAGUUGCGCAAGUACAAAUGGGGGCCCUCAAGGGCUGGCGCGCUUGUUUUAUUUGCGUGGGUGCAUUGAGCUGCUUGCUUGGGGUGUUAAUAUCUUUUAUUUUGGAGGAAAUCCCUAGGCGACGGGUGUUAAGGCCUCGCAUGGAUGAUUCGGGGGGCACAGGCUCGGUGUCUCAGUCGCCAGAUACGUGGUCGUCUUUCCUGAAGGCGGUCUUCACCGAAUCCGUUUUCACGCCCAGCGUCCUCAUUGUCAUUCUUGAGGGCUUGGUAGGCACAAUCCCUUGGUCGGCCUUUAGCUUCAACACGAUGUUCUUUCAGUACUGCAACAUGUCUGACCUCAAGGCAGCCUACAUCAUGGGGGCCCUUCUUAUUGGCUCUGCUGUGGGCGGCGUCUUGGGGGGGCUUCUGGGAGAUAAACUCUACGAGUGGUCACCGUGGCACGGGAGGCCUCUUGUUGGCCAAUUUGCGAUGGCUGUGCGCGUGCCUCUGCUGGUUAUUGCGUACGUCGUGGUCCCCAAAGAGGAAACCUCUUUCACUAUUUUCAUGUUUCUCGCCCUGUUUGUCGGCCUCUCAUCUAUGGCGGGCGUUGCAGUCAACCGGCCAAUUCUUGCGGACGUCGUUCGCCCGAAUCACAAGGCUACUGUCUUUGCCCUUACAGUGGCUGUGGAGGGAAGUGGUGCAGCCAUAUUGGGGGCCCCGUUGGUUGGUUACCUGGCUGAGCAUUCGUUUGGCUACCUCCGAACAACUCUGCUGGUGUCAGAGAUGCCUGAACAACUACGCGUGGGCAAUGCAAACGCUCUCGCUGCUGCCCUUGCCUUCCUGACUGUCAUUCCUUGGUCCAUCUCCUUCAUUCUCUACGGGCUGCUACAUUUUACAUACGGGCGCGACCAGGAGAGGAUGAACACCAUAGUGGAAAAGGAGUAUAGGCAGGACGAGCAGGACGAACAGGAUGGGCAGGACAGGAGACACACGCGAAUGGGGGACGUAGAUACAGAAACUGCUGUUUCAGCAGACGCCGUUGCCGAGGGGUUCGUAGGAGGUGACGACAGCAACAGUGACGCGACCCCACUGCGCUCAUCACCUAGAAGGGCGGAAGCCCUUAGCCGCAGUUCCACUGAUGUACAGCGGCAGCCACAACAAUAA